GUACUAUCAAACACUAUCCCUCUCACUUACCCUUUCACUCGACCACACCCUUCACACAACAGAUAUAACCAGGAGGAUUACGAUCACAACUACCAACCAUGUCAGGCCUCAUGGGGUGGUUCUCAGGUCGGAAGAAUACGCGCGAGUCAACCACAGAGGCCAUAGUGGGCUUACGACAAACUUUACUCAUGCUUCAGAAGAAAGAGGAAUAUCUUCAACGUCAGAUCGAUGAGGCAGAGGAUCGUGCUAGAAAGAAUGCUACCACGAAUAAACGAUUGGCUUUGACCGCUCUUAGACAGAAAAAGGCGGCAGAGGCGGAUAUGGAGAGGAUUGCAGGUACAAGAUUGACAAUAGAGGCUCAGGUCAAUACGAUAGAAUCAGCUAAUCUCAACGCGGAGACAAUGUUGGCGAUGAAGAAGGGUGCAGAAGCUUUGAAGGGUAUACACUCUAGUUUAAACAUUGACAAAGUCGAUCAAACGAUGGAUUCUAUCAGAGAACAAAUGGACGUGGCCAAUGAGAUAAGUGAAGCGAUUAGUAAUCCUACCGGUAUGGGUAAUGUAGUUGAUGAGGAUGAACUUAAAGCAGAGUUGGAAGCUUUGGAACAGGAAGAAUUGGAUGAUAGACUUAAAGGUGCUGAUAGAGUACCUAUACAUACUCCUGCUUCUCCAAUCGGACAGACCAAUGGUCCUAGUCGCGUUACGGCUCAAGCGGAAGAAGAUGACGAAGAAGCUCAAUUACGUCAACUUCAAGCUGAACUCGCCAUGUGACAAACAUCUUUCCUUUCUUU